AUGUGUUCUAUUUAUUUCAGUUUAAUUCGACAUGUGGUUGGUAUUGCAAAAAUGACUAAUCUAUUAGAUAAUAUUAUUUCAGUUUUUCUCAAUAAAGAAGUUUUGACUUUAAAAGAUUCUGAUAUUAAUCGUUCAUUAAUUACUCAAGGUAUUCAAUGUUCUAUAGAAGAAAUUCGUCAUCAUGUUCAAAUACAUAGUCCAACAUUAUUUCAAUUCUCAUUCAAUAAAGAUCAUACAAUGAUAAUAUGUAUCGAUCCACAAAUUGAUGUUUGUGAUGCAUUUCUUACUGGUAUUUGUCAUAAUAAAAUAAAACAAUGUAAUAAACUUCAUAUAUGUCGUGAAUUUGGUCAAUGUAAAAUUCGAGAUUGUCGUUAUCCACAUAAUUUUAAUCAUGGUCAAAAUCAAAAAUUAAUUCAACAAAUAAAUUGUCAAAAUUUAAAUUGUAUAUUACUUGUUAAAUUAAUACAAAUGAAAAAAAAAUUAAAUCAUUCAAAAAAUUUAGUAAAUUUAAUAAAAAAAGAUGAUAUAAAUAAACAAAUUGAUGUUAGUUAUCCAUCAAAAAAUCUUACAGAAAAUAUUGAUAUGGAAAUAAUUGAAAUGACAUUAAAAAUUCAAAAUAUAAUUAUUGAAAAAAAAUUUCAAGAAAGUGAAAAUGAAUUUUUUCGUCGAUGUACUAUUCAAUUAGAACAAAUUAAUGAUGUUGAAAAAAUACUUAUUUCACCAAUUCAUAAUUGUGAAAAUUUUGAUAUUAAAUUUAAACGUACAAAACAAAUUCUUGAUCGAAGAAGUUUUUUAUUAAAAAUAUUAAUUAAUGAUGAACAAGAUAAAAUAGAUGAAGGUCGAAUUAAAUUAUAUAUUUCUUUACUUAUUGGAAAUUCUAUUUCAUUUACAAUUAUGGAUCUUUCAAUAAUGAAUGAACAAAUUUAUCUUAUACAAUGUAAUCAUGAUUUAGACUUUAAUAAAAUUCAUGAAAAAUAUCAAUCAAAACCACAAUUACAAGGCAAAAAUUUAUCAUUAAUACAAAUAUAUGAAUGUGAUACUAUUAGUAUUUCUUAUAUUGAUGAAUAUAAAAUAAUGAAAUAUGAUGAUAUUCAUAAUAUUAUACAAUGUAUUAAAAAAAAUGUUUUUACAUUUCAAUUAGUAAAUGACUAUUGUGUAGAGAUUGAAUUUAUAAAUACUGAUGCUUUUAAAGAAUGGAUGUCAAUUGUUGAAAAAAUCAAGGCGAAAUUUCAUAUUACAGUUACACCAAUGAUUAACGAAAUUGAUGAUGAAAAUUAUAACGAUAAUAAUUCCCAUUCAACAGAAUGUGGUCCCUCUACUAUGGAUAGACCUAAUUCAGUUACAAUUAUACUUCGUCCUCAAUGGUCUAUGGUUGCUGCUCAUCCUAUAUUUCAAAUGGAGUACAAAAAUUAUAUUCGUAAUGAACUUGGUGGUGAAAUUGAAAUAAAAGAUAAUGAAGUAACUUAUAUAGGUAAAUUUCCACGUUUAUCACGUUGUCCAAAUAAUACAGCAAUAUUUGCUAAUAAAACAAAUAAUUAUAUGCAAAAAUUAAAAUAUCAAACACUUCAUGAUCUAAAACCACAUCAUGUUAAUAUUCUUCGUGCUAAUUCAACUACUGUGGCAUUUAAUCGUAUUCAUAGAAAUGAUUAUAUGAUAGCAGCAAAACCACAGGAUUUAUUUGAAUUAAGAAAUAAACUUUUUCCGAAAACAAAUCAAUAUCAUCAAAAUGAACGUAUAUAUAUAGCAAAAAAUCAUCAAUAUGAUAAUAGAUCAACUAGUAAUCUUCUUACGAAACCACCAGUUGCUCAUACAUCUUUUUAUUCUGUUGCAACAACAGAAGGUAUAAGUAUGUUUUCAAUAAAUACAUUUGAAGCUCGUUUACAACAACAUUUAAAAGAAACAUAUAAUGUAAAAGUAAAUAUUGAACGAAAAAAAACAAAAGAAGAAAAAAUUCAUAUUAUUAUUGAAUUAAUUGGUCAAAUGAAUGAUGUUAAAGGUGCACUUGAUGAUUUAAUAAAUUUAUUUUCAUCAAUACGUACACGAAAAUUUAAUGAUAAAAUUGAUGGAAAUUGGACAAAGAUUAAUGAAGCAAUUGAUGUUAUACAAUAUCAUUUUACAUUAAAUAAUUUUCUUUGUAUAUGUCAAAAAAUAUCAUUAACAGAUGUUAAUGUUAAUUAUUUUGAUUUAACAAAUCCACAAUUUGGUAUUGAUGAACAAAAAAUUGAAGAUUUAAUUAAUAAUCAAUUUAGUUUAGCAACUAUUAUUUUUAUUCCACAAUCAAUAUCAUCAAAAUUUACUAAAGAAUGGAUAAAUUUAGAAGAAAUAAUUAGUAAACGAAAUGAUUAUAAAAAAGAUAUUUGUUUUUAUAAUGAAACUAAUAUUUUAUAUUUAUUUGGUUUAACAAAAUUAGUUAAAGAAUUUCAUCAAAAAUUUGAACAAAUUAAAAAUAAAUAUGUUCCACAACCAUGCAAAAUUACUCUUUCUGAUAAACAGCUUAAAUUUCUAAGAUAUGUAGCCAAAAGUGAUCUAAAUAAACUUGAAAAACAAUAUAAAAUUGAUGGAUGUGAUUUAAGUUUAACACGUCUUCAACAACAUGGUCAUUUUCUUGCACCACUUGAUUUACAUACAAAAAUCAAAGAAAGUCUUGAAUCUUUAGCACAAAUUACUGAAAUUAAAUUUGAAAUAAAGAGUAGUGCUUUUGCAAUACUUAUUAAUAAUGAACCUGAACGUCUUUUAUCAAUUGUUAAAUCAAAAUGUUAUCUUGAAAAACAAAUUCAAACACAUCAUAUUAACAUUUCAAUACCAAUAGCACAAAUAGUUGAUCAUGAAGAUAGAUCACAACAAUCUCAAAAUGUUCAAAAAACAAAUUUAACAAGUAUUAAUAUUGGCAAAUCAACAAUUACAAUUGCAAUUGGAGAUUUAACAGCACAAACAGUUGAUGUCAUCAUUGUUUGUUCUACAUCAGAAAUUCUUCGAAAAUCAAUUAUUGGUGCCGCUGGUCCUCAAGUAGAAGCUGAAUAUAUUGCAUCAUUGAAAGGAAAUAAUCAACAACUAGUAGAAACAUCUAAUGGUACAUUACCAUGCAAAAAAAUUCUAUUCAUUCCAUGGAAAUCAGAUCCAUUAAAUUUAACUUCUUUAAAAUCAUCUCUCAGUGAAUUUGUUUCAAUAGCAAUUAAAUAUGUUUUUACUCAUGGAUAUAAAACUAUUGCAUUUCCAAGUGUUGGAUGUGGAAAAUUUGGUUUUGAUCCAUCUAUUAUUGCUAAACAUAUGAUUGAUGAAACAAUAAUAGAAUUGACAAGUAAUACAUCGAAUAUAGAUGUAUUAUUUAUACUUUUAUCACAACAACAAAAUGUUUAUGAUGCAUUUAUUACAUAUCUUAAUAGUAUUCAAAUAGAUUCAAAUAAUUUAUUAAAACAAAAUUUAAAAACUAAAAUAAAUCAUCAUUCAAAGAUAUCAUAUGAAGAAAAAAGUAUUGAAAUAACAUUAUUUAGUUCAAAUAUUAAUAAUUUAACUAAAUGUAAAAAUGAUAUUAUAGAAUUAUCUCAUUUUUAUUUAUUUAAUAUUCAAUUAAAUAAUAAACAUGAUAUGAUGGAUUGGUCACAAAAUACAAUUAAUCAAUAUUAUGAUUAUUGUUUAAAACAAUAUGUUAUACCUAAACUUGAUUUUGAUACACAUACACUUGAAUUAAUUGGACCAAAAGAUGCAGUUCUUGAAGCAGAAAAACAUUUUUAUGAAUUAACAACUGAAACACUUAAACAAGCACGUAUUCAUGCUGUAUCACGUGGUGUUAUUUGGUCUUUUGAAAUAAUACCAAAUUCAGAUACAUGGGAACAAUAUUCAUUUAAACUUAAUGGACUUAUCGAAGAUGCUUAUUUGAAAAAACUUUCACAUGUUGAUUUUAUUAAUGAUAAACAAGAAAAAUAUCAAGUAGUUAUAUCGAAAAUGGAAGAACAUCAUGAAACUAAUAUACGACGUAUACGACGAAAAGUUGUUGAUUCAUUAUUACCCGAUACUUGGGAAUCGUCAGAUCAAAAUUGUAAACGAGUUUUAUUACAACAAUCAUCAAAAGAAUAUCAAGAUGUAUUACAAAAAUUUAAUACUACUAUGAAUAAUCAAUAUACACAAAUUAUUAAAAUUGAACGUAUUCAAAAUGAACGUUGGUAUAAACAGUAUGCUGCUCAUCGUGAUGAAUACAAACAACGUUAUAGACAAUUAGAUGAACGAUUACUUUUUCAUGGUUGUCUUGGUACUUCAGCUAAUCAAAUUGUUCAAGAAUGUUUUAAUCGUUCAUUUGCUGGUGUCAAUGGUGUUGCAUAUGGUUGUGGUGUAUAUUUUCAUUCGAAUGCAAAUUAUAGUCAUUCAUAUGCAAAACCGAGCACUUCAGGAGAACGUACUAUGUUCUUAGCACGUGUUCUCAUCGGUAAAACCUGUCUUGGUAGUUCAUCAAUGAAAGUGCCACCAGCAGGUUAUGAUACAACUACAGAUGGACAAAAUAUUUUUGUUAUAUAUCAUGAUGCUGGUGCUUAUGCUGAUCAUCUGAUCACAUACAAAUAA